AAUAGGGGAAAAAUAAACAUUAGGGUUCUUCGGCCAUGGCGGACGCCUGGGCGAAGGAGCUAGACGAGGCGACGCGCUUGGCGGAGGAGGUCAAAGGCAGCAUCGCCAAUGCGAAUUCCGGCGGUAUGUCUAGAGGCGAGAGAUCUAGGCUGCUCUCUACCACGAAAAGGAAGAUCCUCAUUCUGGACAACAAGGUUAAUCGCCUUACCAGUACUCUCGAAACGCUGCGCGGCCAAUUAUCAGAAAAGGAAUUUUUUCGUUGCCAAGACGCGAUUAUAAGUCUAGGACUCCGCGUCAAGCAACUCGAUUCCAGCUACAAGAGCUCCCAAAACGCAAGGGACGAUUUGCUAGCUGAUGGCACCAGGGGCCCUCCCGUCGAGACGGAUAAGACUACGGGUUUGGACAAUUAUGGAUUGAUCGCGUUCCAGCGACAAACAAUGAAAGACCAAGACGUCGACCUUGAAGAUUUAGAGAAAUCUGUGAUCAGUACGAAGCACAUCGCACUGACUGUGAAUGAAGAGCUGGACCUCCAAGCACACUUACUGGACGAUAUGGAUCGUCACGCUGAUCGAACGAACACAGUUUUACAAAAUGUGCACAAGCGUUUGGUCGUUUUGUCGAAACGUGCCGGAUCCUCAGCCUUGGGAUGCCUGUGCUUGAUGAUGCUCGUUGUUGUGGCGUUGCUCUUGGUGCUGCUCAAGCUUAUCCACGUCUGGUGAAAGUCUUUUCCUUCGCGUGCUUUCUUCGUUUGUAUACAUACAUAGCGAAUAAAAACGGGAUUGUGUACAGGUCCUACUUCUAUCUGCA